AUGCGUUCCCUCAGGGCCAGUCGCCUCCGCUUGAGGCCCCUCCCUCGCUACGCCUCGACGACCUCGUCAGCCCCGAAGCUGACGGCCCUCGGCUCCGUCCUCAUCGCCAACCGCGGCGAGAUCGCGAUUCGCAUCAAUCGCACGGCCGAGCGCAUGGGCAUCCGCACGACGACCGUCUACACGGAUGUCGACGCGGGUUCCUGGCACGCCUCGUCGGGGUACCAGUCGCUCGGCCUCGGCCCGGCCAACGGCUACCUCGACGGCGACAAGAUCAUCGCCCUGGCCAAGAAGCACAAAAUUCAGGCGCUGCAUCCCGGGUACGGCUUCCUGUCCGAGAAUGCGCAGUUUGCGGAGCGUUGCGAGAAGGAGGGCAUCGUCUUUGUCGGCCCGCCAGCCACCGCCAUGGCCGACAUGGGCAACAAGGCGCGCAGCAAGGAAAUUAUGACGGCGGCAAACGUCCCCUGCGUGCCUGGAUACCACGGCUCCGAGCAGGGCGAGCACGAGCUGCUGCAGCACGCCAAGGACGUUACCUUUCCCGUGCUGCUCAAGAGCGUCCGCGGCGGCGGCGGCAAGGGCAUGAGGAUCGUCAUGACGGAAGACGAGUUCGCGACGCAGCUCAAGAGCGCCAGGGCCGAGGCCAGGGCGUCCUUUGGCGAGGGCGGAGAGGUGAUGCUGGUGGAAAAGUACAUUGUGCGGCCGCGGCAUGUCGAGGUGCAAAUCUUUGCCGACAAGCACGGCAACACGGUCGCGCUCGGCGAGAGAGACUGCAGCGUGCAGAGGAGACACCAAAAGAUCCUCGAGGAGUCGCCCGCCCCCGAGCUCGACGAGGCCACGAGGCAGGACCUCUGGGACAAGGCGCGCAAGGCGGCCUCGGCCGUGGGCUACGUCGGCGCCGGCACCGUCGAAUUCAUCCUGGACAAGGACAGCGGCAGGUUCUACUUUAUGGAGAUGAACACGCGGCUGCAGGUCGAGCACCCCGUGACGGAGAUGGUGACGGGUCUGGACCUGGUCGAGUGGCAGUUUCGCGUGGCGGCCGGCGAGAGGCUGCCGCUGGGCCAGGCCGAGGUGGAGGAGCAGAUGAGCCGGCGCGGCGCAGCCAUCGAGGCGCGCAUCUACGCCGAGAACCCGGAAAAGGGCUUCAUGCCGGACUCGGGCAAGCUCGUGCACGCCGUGCUGCCCGCGUCGGUGCAGGCCGACGAGGACGUGCGGCUGGACUGGGGCUUUGGGUCGGGCAGCACCGUAUCCGAGGCCUACGAUGGCAUGAUUGCCAAACUCAUUGUCCGGGGCGACACGCGCGAGCGAGCCAUUGCCAAGCUCGAGUCGGCCCUGCGCGCCUUUGAGAUUGUCGGCGUCAGCACAAACGUCGAGUUCCUCAAGCGGCUCUGCCAGACGCAGGCCUUUGUCGACGGCGAUGUCGAGACGGGCUUCAUCGACAAGUGGAGGGACGAGCUGUUUAGGCCCAGGCGCAUCAGCGACGAGGUCUUUGCCCAGGCGGCGCUCGGCGUCAUGAAUCGCGAGCUCAAGUCCAGCAGCCCUCCCCACGGCGAGACACUCGGUUUCGGCGACGCGGGCGCGACCAGCGAGCGCAAGUUGGCCUUCAAGGUGCUCGACGGCUACAGCGAGCUCGAGGGCGAGGUGGUCGAGGCCAGCGUCACCCAGACGGGCCGCAGCCUGUACACCAUCACCGUCACACGAAAAGACGCCCCGUCGUCGCCGCGCGUCUUUUCCAACGUCGUCAGCGAGCCCCAGAACCCCUCGGGCGCCGUGGUCCAGGUGCAGACGUACUUUCCCUCGGAGCGCAUCCUGUCGUCGGUCGUGCCGCAGACCAGCGGCGACGAGACCAAGGUGGCCAUUUUCCAGCACGGGGUCAAGACGGACCUGGCGCUGGUGCCGCCGUCGUGGUACGAGAAAGCGCUGGGGCUCAAGGAGGCGACGGCCUCGGUGGUGGCGCCCAUGCCCUGCAAGGUGCUGCGGAACGAGGUCGAGGCGGGCCAGCAGGUCAAGAGAGGCGAGCCCCUGGUCGUCAUCGAGUCCAUGAAGAUGGAGACGGUCAUUCGCUCGCCGCAGGACGGCGUGAUCAAGAAGCUGACCCACAAGGAGGGCGAUAUUUGCAAGGCCGGAACGGCGCUCGUCUUGUUCGAGGAAGACGCGAGCCAGGGGGGUGAGGCGUGA